GAGGAGGAGCCCGGGCUCCUCCGUUGUGAUAACAGGCUGCUACCUCGUCUCUGUUAUCUUCCGUUCCCCGCCGUCCGAGCAGCGGAUCUCAUCCGGACCUGCAACAGGAUUUAUUCAAUUUUUGUGAAACUUCACUUCUAGCUGGCGCGCUCCUCCCAUGGUGUCCCCGGGAGACUCCCCGGCCUCUACGCGACUUUACGGAAACUAUCGGCGACCGUUUGGGGGUCUUGGAAAGCAUGGAAACGUGGUUUUUGCAUCAUGUCCUCGGGGUGUCUCUGUCGGUCCUGCUCCUGGGUCUACCGGGGCCCCUAGGGGCUGGGACCCCCAGCAACAACAGCACGGAUCCGGUAACGGCGGGAUUUUAUUAUUCAACCGCCACAGAUGAGCUCACUAACAUGGAAAACAAUGCAACUUCAACUUCAUCCUCCAGCGAGAGUUUAUCAGCAUCACAGAGGAACAUCCUGCUCACACACACUGCUGAAUCACACACUGCUGCUGCGGGAAACUUCGACACUGAUCAGACGCAAAGCUUCACAGAAACAAGCAUCAGGUCACUAGAAGCCACAAGUUUGUCUACUGAGCCACUCACCCCCACCCUUGUUUUAGCCACCACUGAGACCAGCAUCAGCACAGGCAGCAGCAGCACUGGUACCAGCUCCAGCAGCAGCACUGGUAUCAGCACUGUUAUCAGCACCCGUAGCAGCACUGGUAUCAGGUCUGGUAUCAGCAACGGGAUCAGCACUGGUAUCAGCACUGGUAUCAGCACCGGGAUCAGCACUGGUAUCAGCACUGGUAUCAGCACCAGUAGCAGCACUGGUAUCAACUCUGAUAUCAGCACCGGUAGCAGCACUGGUAUCACCUCUGGUAUCAGCACUGGUAUCAGCACUGGUAUCAGCUCCAGCAGCAGCACCGGUAGCAGCACUGGUAUCAGCACUGUAAUCAGCACCGGUAGCGGCACUGGUAUCAGCACCGGUAGCAGCACUGGUAUCAGCCCUGUAAUCAGCACCGGUAGCGGCACUGGUAUCAGCACCGGUAGCAGCACUGGUAUCAGCACUGUAAUCAGCUCCAGCAGCAGCACCGGUAUCGGCUCUGGUAUCAGCACCGGUAGCAGCACUGGUAUCAGCACUCACCAGUAG